AUGGUCUGCCUCAAGACUCUGUCCGUGUUUCUUGCAGCAUUUGCUGCCGCCGAUGCUCGUGCGGUCUUCAAGACUCAGAGCAGCAACAAGGCGGAUAUCAUUCCUGACUCCUACAUUGUGGUCAUGAAAAAUGGCGUCUCCCACGAUGACUUCAAGGCCCACGUCUCCUCUGUCUCACAGAUCCAUAGCAACAACAAGGCCAAGCGAGGCACCAACACCAAUGGUAUGCAGCGCGAGUUCGAUAUUAUGAACUGGAGAGGUUAUCACGGUCACUUCGACCCAGACACCCUUGAUGAGAUUCUCAAUGACUCCAAGGUUGACUACGUUGAACACGAUCAAAUUGUCAGAAUCUCGGGCCUUGUCACCCAGCGUAGUGCUCCCAGCUGGGGUCUUGGACGUGUUUCUCACCGUCAGGCCGGAAUCCGUGACUACGUUUUCGAUGACUCCGCUGGCCGUGGUGUCACCAUCUAUGGUGUCGAUACCGGUAUUGAUAUCAACCACCAAGACUUCCGAGGACGUGCUCGAUGGGGUACCAAUACUGCUGACCGUGACAACGCUGACCGCCACGGUCACGGAACCCACACUGCUUCUACCUUCGCUGGGACUACCUACGGUAUUGCUAAGAACGCCAACAUUGUUGCCGUUAAGGUCCUUGGCUCCGAUGGCUCCGGCAGCACCAGCGGUAUCAUUGCUGGUAUCAACUUCUGUGUCCAGGAUGCUCAGUCCCGUGGAAUCCUUGGAAAGGCUGCUAUGAACUUGUCUCUCGGUGGUGGCUUCAGCCAGGCCAACAACGACGCUGUUACUCGUGCUCAGAACGCUGGUAUUUUCGUUGCCGUUGCCGCUGGAAAUGACAACAAAGAUGCUCGUAACUACUCUCCUGCCUCUGCACCAGCCGUCUGCACUGUUGCCUCCUCCACUGUCAACGACAGCAAGUCCUCCUUCUCUAACUACGGUUCAAUUGUUGACAUCUACGCUCCUGGCUCCGACAUCAUCGCUGCCCGUCCAGGCGGCGGUAGCACCACCAUGUCCGGUACCUCCAUGGCCUCUCCCCACGUCGCUGGUAUGGGUGCCUACAUGAUCGGAAUGGGAAUCGACCCCCGCCAGGUCUGCGACCGCCUCAAGCAGAUCUCCCUCCCGGCUAUCCGCAGCCCAGGUCCCAGCACCACCAACCGCCUUCUCUACAACGGCAGUGGCCAAUAG